AUGUUGUCUUCCUUGGGUGAGAUGCAGUCAGAGCAUGUGGACUAUAUUGUGGAAUAUGACUAUGAUGCAGUGCAUGAUGAUGAGUUAACAAUAAGAGUUGGGGAAAUCAUCAGGAAUGUGAAAAAACUGGAAGAAGAAGGAUGGUUAGAAGGGGAGCUAAAUGGCAAAAGGGGCAUGUUCCCUGACAAUUUCGUGAAGGAAGUUAAGAAGGAUGUAGAACCCAAGGAUGAUGCCGUACCAGUCAGGAGGGAGAAAUCUGGCAAUGUAGCCAGUCUUGUGCAACGUAUGAGCACCUAUGGGCUUCCAGCAGGAGGAUUUCAGCCUCAUCCCCCAUCCAAAAGCUUCAAGAAGAGGUCCAAGAAGCGGCAGUGUAAAGUGCUCUUUGAAUAUGUCCCACAGAAUGAGGAUGAGCUGGAACUCAAGCUGGGGGAUGUGAUUGACAUCAGUGAAGAGGUAGAAGAAGGCUGGUGGAGUGGAACACUAAAUGGCAGGACAGGGUUGUUUCCUUCAAACUUUGUGAAAGAAUUGGAAGUGGUGGAUGAUGGAGAAACACAGGACUCUCUGGAUGACACAGAGUCUGUUUUCAGUGGUCCUACCUCACCUGUGCCCUCUCCAGGAAAUACGACUGAACCUGCAUCUGGACCAGCACAGCCAAAGAAAGUCCGAGGUGUUGGGUUUGGAGAUAUCUUUAAAGAAGGCUCAGUGAAACUUAAGACAAGAUUAUCCAGUAAUGAGUCAGAAGAUAAAAAGCAAGAUAAGCCAUUACCUAACCAUCCCCCUGGAACAAAGCUAAUCCAUUUUCCCAGUACAACAAAAACUGAAAACUCGUCAGAAGUGAUAAAAGCAGAAGCUGAAAGUAAACCUGCCAAGGAAUAUUGCAGGACAAUAUUUUCCUAUGAAGGCUCAAAUGAUGAACUCAGCUUUAAAGAAGGCGAGAUCAUUCAAAUAAUCAGUAAGGACACUGGAGAGCCAGGCUGGUGGAAAGGAGAACUCAAUGGUAAAGAAGGAGUCUUCCCAGAUAAUUUUGCUGUUCAAAUACAAGAGUCUGAUAAAGACUUCCCUAAACCAAAGAAACCUCCACCUCCAGUUAAAAGUCCAGCUCCAAAGCCUGAAGUGCCAAGUGGAGAGAAGAAAUUACCUUCUUUGAAGCCUGAAGAAAAAGAUGAAAAAGGAGCUUUGGAUCAGAAGCCUUUGAAACCACAAGCUCCUCAAGUACCACCUAAGAAGCCUGUUCCUCCAAGCAAGACUAACAGAUUACUGAGAGGAGGGCUUCUGCACCCAAAACGUCCAGAUAAACCUCUUUUGCCAUCAUCUGUAUCCAAAUCUAAUGGAGAUGUUGUUUGUCUUCGACCGAAAUCUGAAAUUGAGCCAGUAGGAAAACCAAAGUUAGACUCUGAACCAUUACCACUUAGACCAAAAUCUGUAGAGGUAGAUUCACUUGUGGCAAAGAGCUCUAAAGAAUCAG